UCAUUCGAAAUUUGGGAAUUUUGUCACUUGUGUAAUUUACAAGAAAUACUUUUUAUCUUACUGUAUUUACUAGCUUUCGUGUAUUAACUGAUAUAUUUCAACAAAUUAGUGUAAUUAGAUAGUGUUAAGUUCAUAAAGUAUUCAAAAUGCCGAGAACAAAGCGACCCGCUCGCGUACAAGAGAAAACUGGAGUUAAAGACGAUGUGUUGAAAAAACUUGACAAAAUCGUGGCUGAACAGAAAGCGAAUAUAGACUCACGGGUACACAUGGAGUGCAGAAAUGUGGACCUCGCAUUCAAAAUGCUGCUUGGAACCAUUAGUAACACUGUUUUGAACAAAACCAUAGGGCAGCUAAAAAAUGAACUUCACAUGAAAGAAGUGGCCAACACCGCCAGGAAAACUAGAAACUCGAGCAGAGCAACCUCCCACGAUGAUGGCUACCUCACCGAGACCUCGCAGGGCUCCGCAGAGCGCGGCAAGAAGAUGGGGCCUCCGACAACUAACCGUGCCUCCCGUUCCCGCUCCGCCGACGCCUCCGCGCGCAAGAUGGCGGCGCCCAGGACCGAGGUCAAACCCAGGCGACGAUCCCGCUCCGUGCUGUACAAGACCCCCGCAUACAACAAGACUGCCACCAAACACUACCCGGACAUCACUCCCAAGGUGGCGCCGCAGACGCCGCUGACGCUGCUGCGGCACGCGCGGCAGGGCGAGAUGCUGGUGUCCAUGUCCGGCUCGCCCGUCAUGCCUUCCGUGGGAUCCAUAGCGACGGACAGCAAAGCCCACUGCAACUUCAUGCUCAAGGACGGCACCAUGCUCUCCCUGCAGCCCAACCAGCUGCGCCAGUCGCAGGCCUUCAUCCCGUUCUCUCUGAUGGACGCCAACGUGCUGAACCAACUGAAAACUCUUCAGGACAACCUCGCCAAGGUCGUCAAGAUGGGCGAAAACGUCGUCAAGACGUGACUUCACACACAGACAAUAACAGAAUAUUAGUUACAACAUAGAGAAAUAUAAGUAAGGAGAGAGUGCUAACUCCAUACAUCAGUUUUCUUACCAAACGAGAGUUAUUUCAUAGUCGACAUCUAGCGUCACCAGAAGACACAGAUUAAUACAGAAACGUAGACAGCAGUUAUUUUUAGACACAAUUUAUAUUUUAUAACCUGUAUAAAAUUAUAAGGAGUAUGUAUUCAAACCAAAAAUAUUACUUUGCAUAUCCGCGAACAGAUAACGUUCGUUUUUUCUUAGCAUUAGAAAGAAGGUAAGCGAUCUUGACAUGUCUUUUAAUUGAAAAACGCUUUUUAAAAAUCAGUAACUAUUACUUACGAAAGCAGAAGAAUAUAAAUGAUCGUAUUAGAUUCAUAAUUGUUACAUAUUUGCCGUGACUUCUUUUUAAAACGUGUUUUCCAAUUAAAAGACACAUGAAGAUUGUUUACCUUAUUUCUAAUGCAAAAAAAAACGAACUAUAGUCAAUCAGUGCUAACCCGUUAUACUUACUUGCGUAUUUUUUACAUGCGCUGAUUGACUAGCACGUUAUCUUUUCGCGGAUUUGCAAAGUAAUAUUUUUGGUUUUAAUCAAUAUGGAUUUACGCAAAGUAACGCCUGAUUCUAUUCAUUACUUUAUAAAGAGUAUGUAAUUUGAUCGUGACGCCACAUGCUAGUAUUUCAUAUAAAAUAGAAAUUGCGUCUAAAAAUAACUGCUGUCUACGUUUCUAUAUUAAUCUUCUGGUGCUUUAUUGCAUGCAUGGUGUAAAAUAAUUUAUUUUAAAUACAGUCAAAUACCCUAUUAUGUCACCUUUUGGACGGGAGCGCUUAAAAACACGUUCAUAAAGGGUUAAUAGUGCCUAUGGUUUUAUUAUAGUUAAAUAAUGUAACUUUUCUAUGCUCACAUAUUGAGUUAAAUAGGAAUUAUUGUGAAUGCUGAAUACUGUGUGUUUGUAUUGUAUUAUUAAUUUUUAUUGUUAUGGCUGACAAUGCUGCGUGCGUUUAAUGUAAUUAUUGAUAUUAUAGUUUUAAAUUU